UUUACAUAGCAGUAGCUUAUUUAAUUUACUUAAUUUUUACUACAUAUGUACGUAUGUACAUAUGAAAGCACAUGGGAGCUCAUACAUGCAAUGCAUACAUACGUGGUUUCAGUGACCAACGCUCUCCUAAGUAAGUUGCUGGAGGAACUUACGAAAACGCAAACUGUGAUAAUCAAUAUAGCCAGCGGUUUUGAAUUUCGCCUUCGCGCACUCAACCAAAACAUAUUUACACAAACAGAAUAUGCACAUGGGCUACAUAAGUACAUAUGUACAUCCAUUCGCGCCGUAGUUGGCAAACAUAUGUGAUUUUUUUACCCCUUCCGCCAACUUCCUUUGACAGCCUCUCUUUCAAGCACCUCAAUAUGCAAACGAGCAGCAGCAGCAAUAGCAGUAACCACAGCCAUUACAAUGUAGCACCCUCAACACCAGUCACUCCUGGCACGCCCGAUUCAGCGGGCAUAUUAGUCGGUGCUGCGGGUCGAGCUGUUUACGAGAAACGUAAUAAAACGAUAAUGCACUAUUUUCGUGACCGCACACCGAGUCAUACGCGUGCACAACAACAGCAACUAUACUAUCAAUACCAUCAGGAGCAGCCACAAGUCAGAUUAAACCGCAGGCGACCAGAAGCAGUAAUUUAUUUAAAGGAACCACAUCCAAUCAACAAGCUGGCGCUACUAAAAAGUGCAAGUACACGCGACUUGUCGCGUUUGGUUGUCGAGGAAAAGCAACCAGUUGCUCCUACACCACGGGCAAUGAUUACACAUUUUGACAGCUCAACAACUAGCAGCACCGGCACUGCCUCCUCGAGAGAGUCAACAGCGGAUGACCAUAAGCGACAACGCGCACGUGAACGUAACUACUGUGAGGAGUAUUGUGGGCAACGUAUCACCGAGCUAGAAACACGUAUAACACACUUGGAACAGCAAGUGCAAAAUGAGCGGACCGUGGCACAGGAUCUAUCCACGCGCAUACAGGAGCUCUUGCGACGCGUAGAGCAGCUAAGCCAAUUAAAUGCGCCUGAUAAGCGAAAACGCAGCAGCAUGCGCAAAAAAGCGUCACAGGGAAACGCAAAUAUGAACUCACAAGCUUCAGUGCAGCCUUCAAAGUUAGUGGCGUGGAUGAAUUUGUCAAACUGGUUUAAGCAACGGCCAAGUAUUGCAACGCUGAAAGAACAGAAUAUCUAUAAUGAUGAGCCUUGUUUCGAUACAGAAAUCGAAAUGGUACUCAAACACGAGGUACACAAAACUGUGCCGAAAAUCGUUGUGGACUGCUGUGAUUUGAUCGAGGAACGUUAUCGCAAGUCUUCAGAGCCCAUCGAGGGCAUUUACCGGCAAUGUGGCGAUUAUAAUAAAAUGCAAAGUCUGCGCUUUCGCAUCGAUGCAAAUGAUUAUGAGUCAUUGCGGCAACCAAAUAUCGACAUUCAUACAUUGACCGGCGUGCUAAAAUUAUUUCUACGCGAAAUAAAAAGUCCACUUGUGAGCGCAAAUGAAGCGAGGACUUUUAUUGGUAAACCGAAUCAGUGGGUGUUAAUGGAUGUUGCAGCGAAAAUCGAAAUUCUCAAAAGACUGAUCCGUACAUUGCCGGAAGUAAAUAGGGAUACGAUGAAUUACAUAUUUGCGCAUUUAAACAAACUCACAAAAGUGCCUCUACAGCAAGUCAGCGCCGACACGCUUGCCAUUUCCAUAACCCCCACCAUUUUUCAUCCCGUUCAGAAGGGCGCAAACAUGCAAGAUUUACAAGAGUUGGUCAGAGAGAGUCAACUGCUGGCGGAUUGUGUAAAAAUUAUGAUCGAAUAUCAAAGUCGAAUAUUCGAAUGCUCGGUCGAGCGACGGCAUAAACGAAUCAGUGUGCGACGCUUGCGGAAGACACUCUCUCAACCGGAUAUGAUUUUCCAAAAUUUCUUUUGAUCAAAUAAUACUAGGAUUAUAGAUUGUUAAGUAUAUAACAAAAAAUUUUAUAAAAAAUAAACUAAUUUUUAUUUAGAAAAA